UUACACGAACGCCCUUCUUCCCCCUUCAUUUAAGUUCGCGUUUACCUCUUUUCACUUCCAACACUCAAACCAAGAGCCACAGAAAAUCAUGGCGCCAAAAAAGAAUUCAUCCUCUUCUUCUCCAAUUCCAAUCGGUAAUUGCGAGGUCAUUGUGGAUGCGAAUAAGUUCACUUGCAAAUCGGAACCGAACAGCCUCCAAAUUUCUGUCACCAAAAGUGCAAAAAUCAAAAUUUCAGUGAGGGAAGAGCUCAACAGAAGAAGCACUGAUGAUAUUUGGCAAUCUAAACCUGAAGGAGAAGGGAGAACUUCCACUUUUGGGGAUGAUUAUAUGUUUGUCCUUGUAAAUUCGAAAGACUCUAAUAGCCGUACCAAAUCCUAUCUUCAGGAGGUUUUAAGGAUAUACACAAGAGAACUACCUACGAUGAAUUAUGCUGCAAAUACUGGAAAGCAGUCAAUGUUUCUUGAAAAAUGUGUCUCAAGCGGGAAGUACUGCUCGCUUCUUUUGGAAUCCAAGUCUAUUGAAGGUUCUGGAGAGAUUAUAGCUGUAAUUACAUAUCAAAUAGUUCCUGCUGAUACACAGUAUGCUGAGAUUCCUCUUGCUGCCGUUAGCUCAAUCUACCAACACAAGGGUUUUGGUCGCUUCUUGUACAUGGAGUUGAAGAAGAGACUUUGCAACAUUGGUGUUCGUGCUAUAUAUUGUUGGGGAGACAAGGAAUCUGAGGGUUUUUGGCUUAAACAGGGUUUUGAAUCAAUAGCAGAAGUUGACAACAAAGGUAGAGUUCGCAGGCUGCCUAUUAAGGCUGAUAUCCGCAGAGCAUUAUGCUUUCCUGGCGGUUCAAUCCUCAUGGUUUCUCAUCUUAAUGAAGACACUUCAGCUCACUAUGCAGAGCCACUAACAUUCAAUUUUCCACUAAAGCCUCAUAAGAAGUCUUCAUCAGUUGCUGAUGUAUCUAUUCAGCCUUGGGAGAACUACGAUACUUUGAGCUCAGAAAAUCAAAUAAUCUGCAGAAACAUUUCAUAUCCUGAAGGACUGAUAACAGAUGGAUUUCCUGGAGAAGAUACAAAUUUAGGAGCAGGUUUUUCAUUGGAUCGGAACUGUGAAGAGCUAGCUCCUCUUGACGGACAAGAAUGCAGCAAGAUGACAACUGGUGCAGAAUUGGAAAAGAUUGGAAUUGAUUUUGAUGUCAAAUGUUGUUCUUGUUAUACACAAGGUACAAAGAAGAGGGCUUGGGAAGCUUCUUUGUCUUCACUGAUGUCAAAAAAGGUGAAGGGAAGUCAUCAAACUGAUUGUGGAACAGAUUCUGUUGUGGGCAUAGAUUCAGAAAGUGACAGAAUUGAUUGUUGCAUUAACAGAUGUUCUUUGGGUAUUUCAAAAAGUAACCUUUUUGUGGGGGUUACACCUGAAGUUCCUUUUACUGGUAAUUGCAUGGAAAACAAUGCAAAAGAAAGUAGAUCAAUUAAUAUGGCAUCAGAAGCUAUAAUUAGCAAAGAACUCCAGUCCAAGGGGGAAACCAGAAUCAUGUUGAUGAAUAUUGCUAAUGGCAAUAAAAAAUUGCAUCUUACAAAGGUAAUUGAAACCCUUGGUGGUGGUGUUACACCUGAUGGAAGUGUAAGCACUCAUGUAGUCACAGGAAAAGUCAGGAAAACACUGAAUUUCUGCACUGCUCUUUGUUCAGGUGCUUGGAUAGUCUCAUCCAGUUGGUUAAAAGAAAGCUUCCGGGAAGGUAAAUUUGUUGAUGAAUCGCCUUAUAUCUUGAAUGAUGAGGAGUACAAGCUCAAGUACAGAACUGAAUUAAAAGAUGCAGUUUCAAGAGCAAAAGCCAGACCUAGAGCUCUGCUUAGAGGGUCUAACAUAUGCAUAACCACUCAUGUCCAGCCUCCAGUUGAAACUCUAUCUGCCAUUGUCAGGUCUGCUGGUGGGAAUGUUAUUUCUGGUCUAGACAAAGUGAAUGAAGCAUCAAACACAAUCUUUGUUGCUUGUGAAGAAGACAUGGAAGAAGCAUUAUCGGCUGCAAAGAAAGGAAUACAGACAUUCAGCAGUGAUUGGUUGAUGAACUGCAUCAUGAGACAAGAGCUUGAUUUGCAAGCGCUUCAAUUUGCGGAGUCCUUGUGAUUAGACUAUAUCCUGUGGUGAGGUUAGGAUGAAUAGAAGAUGUAAAUUCAUUUUUAUCCCUCUUUUCAUUUCUCUGCCUUUGUGUCAAAAGAAAAUUUUGCUGGCAAAAGAUGUCAAUUUUAUCUAUGGAAGUCCAGUUUAAAUUUGAAAAAGAUAUGAAAUUUCAGUAUCUAAAAUAUUUUGGUGAAAAAAUCUCUUAUGUUUAGUUAGAAGAUGCUAAAUUUUGCAAUUUAAGCUUACAUUAUGGUAGGUACUUAACCUGGUUUUAUCUGAAA